UUGUUGUUGUUGUCCUUCUUCUACUCUCCUUCUUCUUCUUCUUCUUCUUCUUCUUCUCUCUCACCCACCCUGUUGGAGGGACUUCCAGAACAGCUGACUUCUGUGCUGUGCCAUCCUCAGUCACUGUUCAGACUUCUUUCUUCAAAUAGCUCCAACUUAUCAUGGCAACUCAAUAUUCUGUUGACCCCAACAUCAACAGUGUAGUUCUUACUGUGCUGUUUCUGGAAGAUGGCUGGCGGGUGAAUGUUGUAGAUUUUGAAGCUCAAACACGAGUUUAUGUUGGGGGUGACACCCUGACCUUGAAGAGGGAGGACAAUGAUCAAGAGCAGCUUGCUGUGGUGCUGGGUGUUGGUGGAACAGAAGCUGAAGCUGAAGAGCAGGCGAGAGUCUAUGUUAGACGCCUGUGCAAGUGGCAUGGACAACCCGAAGAUCAUAUGGCAAUUUUUGGCCAUGACCUAGCGCAGAGCCAGCUUUUUAAUGGCCAAGAGAGUGACUCUAGUAAUUAAUUCUUUUUUGAGAAGCGUUUUACCCUUUGAACUAUAAGGCUUGGCUAUGUGACUUUGAUUUCACUCAUGAUAAUUUGACUUUGUUGACUUUGUUCGUUAAUUUUAAUAUAAUUCUUAUGCUAGUAUCAUGUAUGAUCUCAAUAGUUUUUAUACCUAUUAUUGAAUACUAAUAAGUUGUUACCGUAUAUUUUAUUUUUGGACAUUUUACUUUUAAAUGUUCUGAGAGUGUUGGUCAAUUACUAGUGCUACUAUAACCAUAUCCUAAUAAAAUAAUAUUGAUCCUUUACCAGUUUUUGCCUCAACCUCCUGCAGAAAUUACCUGACUCAAAUUUAUUACUGGGAGAUAAUAGUUUACCAAACAGACAGUGACAUGCCAUCUAAAUGCUUAUAAAUACAGAUAAAAAUUCUUAGAAAUUCCCAACCCAAACGAGUAGUGUUCUACACUACACUUACAGACCAUUUAGUCUUGAACAUCAGAAGUUGAAAAGUUACUUGGAAAAGUCGGCAGGGCCUAAGCUGCUGCCUCAUCCACCUCAUCCCACGCCAGGGCGUGGGUGGUGGAGUGGGGUGGCGGUGGCGGUGGGGGGUGGCGGAGAGAAGAGAAGUGGCAGGGGCCGAUAGGCAACCCAACGCACCCACAUGUGUUGCAGGAGCGGCACUCAGGCGCCUAGAGCCCUACAUUACCCCGUCGGGGAUGUAUGCUCUACAGGCGCGGUGUCAGAUAUUG